GCUUCCUCUUCCGCCUGAUUCUUCACAUGCUGAUGAAAUACACAUCAUAGAAACCGCUGUUCAGUUAUUUACUAUACAUGCGCUUGAGUUCUCAUCAUCAAAUCAAGGACGUUAAGUAAACUUCAGUACACAUUUCUCCUGUAUAUCGAAGUUUUCUAUAAAAACUGACUGUUUACUUGAGAAGCGUUUCGUAUCGGCUGCGUCUGAAAACCUAGUGAGCUUUCUACACAGACAGCUCUCACAAGAAGUAGACUUGUCCCCUUCUGCCAGGAUCAAGAUGCCAGCACUCGGCUGUAGAUUCUACCAGCACAGGUUUCCAGAGGUGGAAGAUGUGGUGAUGGUCAAUGUCAGAUCGAUAGCAGAGAUGGGCGCGUAUGUGAGUCUGCUGGAGUACAACAACAUCGAGGGGAUGAUCCUGCUGAGCGAGCUCUCCAGACGACGAAUCCGAUCCAUCAACAAACUCAUCCGGAUCGGCCGCAACGAAUGUGUGGUGGUCAUCCGUGUGGAUAAAGAGAAAGGCUACAUUGAUUUAUCCAAAAGAAGAGUAUCACCUGAAGAGGCCAUUAAAUGCGAAGACAAGUUCACAAAAUCUAAAACUGUUUACAGCAUUUUGAGGCAUGUCGCUGAAGUCCUAGAAUACACCAAAGAUGAGCAGCUAGAGAGUCUGUACCAGCGGACCGCCUGGGUGUUCGAUGAGAAGUACAAGCGGCCUGGAUACGGCGCCUAUGACAUCUUUAAGCAGGUUGUGUCAGACACUUCCAUUUUAGAUGGCCUAGAUUUGACAGAGGAGGAAAGGGCUGUUCUGAUUGAUAACAUCAACAGACGACUCACUCCGCAGGCUGUUAAAAUAAGAGCGGACAUUGAGGUGGCCUGCUAUGGCUAUGAAGGCAUCGAUGCGGUCAAAGAAGCUUUGAGGGCUGGACUGAAGUGUUCAACGGAGUGCAUGCCAAUCAAGAUUAACUUGAUUGCCCCUCCGCGCUAUGUUAUGACCACAACCACGCUAGAGCGCACAGAGGGCCUUUCAGUGCUCAAUCAGGCCAUGGCUGUCAUAAAAGAGAAGAUCGAAGAGAAGAGGGGCGUCUUCAACAUUCAAAUGGAGCCAAAAGUGGUAACGGACACCGAUGAGACCGAACUGGCUCGGCAGUUAGAGCGGCUGGAGAGAGAGAAUGCAGAGGUGGAUGGAGACGAUGAUGCAGAGGAGAUGGAGGCCAAGACUGAUGACUAGCUUGAAUUAGCACAAUAAACCAGCAUUGCCGUAAUCAUUCAGGAGACUUGAGAGUUACAGUGAAUUGUUUAUCAUACCACAAGGACUGCAAAGCCAUUGAUGGAAAGCACCGCUUCCAUAAUACCGGGCAGAUUAUGGGUGAAUUGUGGCAGGCAGUGAAAGCUGGACGUACAUUUAUAGACUUUUGCUUAUCAGAUGAGUUGUUGGAGGAAUGUCUUCCAUGAACUUUAGAGUAUGGCUUUGGGAGUAUUAAUAAUACAGAUACCAAUUCAACAGUCUGUCUCCAGCCUCAUUCAAGAAAGAUGCAGUUUGUGGUGAAAAGGCUUUUCUUGAUCAGUUUACUUCUCUUUAUCAAAGCCCUCUGUUGUGGAUGCAGAACUAAUAAAAGCAAGUUUUUUUUUUCAUGUA